GUUAGCAGCUUCAGUCCUCCGUAUGCGUGUCUACACAGGAUGCAUUCAGGCAGUAUUAAGUCAAUUCCUGACUUCACCCCUUGUCUUCUCCACCUUCUGCUUUUGGCUGAGCUGUUUGUGCAUUCAUCAUCUCGUCCCACCCAGAGUGUCUCCAUCUGCAAUACGUUUUCACAAAUGAUCCAUCAGGUGGACAGACUGACGAACUUAUCAAAAAAGCUCCAUGACUUGACAGAUGAUGAACUCAUAAACUUAAUCGGUAUGGAAAACAGAUUGGUCAGUCUUCCUCACAUGCAACAAACCGCUGCAGAUUUCAACUCAGUGAAGAUGAAUGAGUCUCUCUCCCAGCUGUAUGUGUACACUCAGUCCUUCAAACUGCAUGUUGAUUGGUUGAAAACAGCCAAAGAAAAUGUCAGUUUGUCCUCCCAGUCAGUUGAUGGCACCAUCACUCACCUCCUGCAUCUGUCCACCCUCACCAGCACAUUUCUCCGCCAGAUCAAUCAGGAGGUGCCUCAGCCGCCGUCUCUCUCCCUCCCUGUCGUCUCCACAGCUUUUGAUGUGCUCAAGUUCUCCGUUGAGAUCUCUGAACGGUUAACGGUCUUCUGUCGCUGGUCAAAAAGAAUGUUACGGUAUCUUCACAAAAACUCCCACUGCCCUAAACAUUAAGCCCCCACCUUUAGCAGAUAAGCCACCGCUAAUGUCUUACUAUAAAACCGCCGUUAACUUAGGUGAGUUUGACACAUUUCUUACACAUGCAGACAUUGAUAUCAAGGAUGCAACAGGUUCUGAUCUGACAUAUUAUUGCAGAGUUGUAACUGUUUCGCCAUGAUAUCAGAGAGAUGUUGAGUUACAACAUCUCUAAUGCAUUAUGGGCAUUGUAGUGCGCUGUUUACACUGGUGUAGGCUGUCAUCUUAAGGGUGAUGCACAUUUUCAAUUCUAUAUUUAUAUUCUGGGGCUCUACUGGAACAUCUUUACAUGAUUUACAGUUCAAAAAACUCCUUAUUUAUCUAUUAUUUAUAUGUAUGCAGCCCCUCAGUUCAGCCUUUGUUGUACAUGUUUGAGCACCAAUCCAGCUAACGAGUGGCUGUCUGUGAGCAUGCGUGACUGAUCUGAUGUCAGUUAAAGGAGGAUGUAGAGGUAACUUUGAAAAUGGAGCGUUUGACUUGCAGGGAGCAUAUGCACAUUUACAUAUGUUCACCUCAAGUUUUGGAACUUUGACCAUGUUCAACAUAGACCUCUAACAUUAUAACAGUUUAAAAAUAACAGAAAAUCCCCAAAAAUCAUUAUAUGUCCCCUUUAACAGUUGUUAGUUUAUCACAUGAAAAUGUGUAUAUGUUGCAUUUUACGUGUAGGUUUUUAAAAAAAAAAAAAAUGUGUUGUACUGAUGCACUGUGCUUACCAGCAACCUUUACUCUCUUUGAGAUUGUUUACAUUCACAGUGCUUCAUAGUAUUGAUCUACUCAUGAGCUAGGGAUGAGAAAACGUGGAAAAAAAAAAAAUAUUUUUCUACUGUUAUUGUUUUGUUUUGUUUUUCUAAAUGUAUUUAGGUACUAUUUAUGAGCUUUUUGUAUUAUGUAUGACAGAUGCAGGCGUCUCAG